AUGUUAACCAAUGGGAGGACUGUAGCCAUCAAAAAGUCCCAAGUUGUUGAUCUGCGCCAUGUAAGAGAAUUCAUCAAUGAGAUGGCAAUCCUUACACAAGUGAACCAUAGAAAUGUGGUUACACUACUUGGAUGUUGCUUAGAGACGGAGGUCCCACUACUUGUCUUUGAGUUCAUCUCAAAUGGUAGUUUGACUGACCUCAUUCAUAAUACAACAGCUGAACAGUUCCCAUUUUCAUUAAACCACUGUCUACAAAUAGCUACAGAGGUUACUAGAGCAAUAUCUUAUUUGCAUGGAGCAACCUCCACCCCUAUAUAUCAUAUGGAUAUGAAGUCAACCAACAUACUUUUAGAUGAAAACUAUAGAGCCAAAGUAACGGAUUUUGGAAUUUUAAGGUUUCUGACAACCUAUCAAACCCACUUGACUACCCAGGUGAAUGGGACGGAUGGUUACAUGGAUCCACACUACUACCAAACUGGCCGCUUCACAGAAAAAAGUGAUGUGUAUAGUUUUGCGGUGGUUUUAUUGGAAAUAUUGACAAGAAAGAAGGCAGUUAUGACUAUACCUGAUAGUUAAUCUAGAAGUUUAGAUACAGAAUUUGUAAACCUACAUAUAUUUGGAAAAUAUUGUGUUGUGCAUUAUAUUCUUUGGAAUGAUUUGCCAUCGUGGAUUAUCAAUUUAGGCCCUGUAAUUAAGGCAUAAGUUUAG